UGCGUCCAGCUUUGCUCCCACGCUUCCGGACGCGCAUCUUCGCGCGCCAAGCUAGCAGAACGUGCCCUGCUGGUGCGUGACGCGCAGACUGAUCAGCGCACCUUUUCAAGCUCCUACGCCCUUCCUCACACGACACGACACUGCAACAUCGUCAGGAAGGUGUACCGCUGCGCCGGCGAGUGCUUCGUGAAGGAGGAGUCGCUGUGAAUUGACUCGACGACAGCCGCUGCUGGCAAUUCCGCUCACAAGUCGGCUGUCUCCGAGGGGAAAGGAAUGGAGAGCCUCGGUACGCUCUGAGCUGCACCGCUCUCUUUGACGACCGGAGCCGAGCACCAGAUUCCGUUGCGGCAUGGCUUCUGCAGCACCUUUGCAGCCCCGGAGGAUGUUUGAUUCAUGGUCUGUGUCCCUCUCGUUAGGCCGCAAGCGAUUAGGCUGAGUUUGAAGUAAAUGUCCACAUGUUGAAAGAGGACCGAUCUCCGAAGCCCUUCUAAUUUCGGUUGCGACAGCAAUAAAAGUGUGUCAGCUCAUUAGCGCAUGUUUCGCGCUGCAAAGGCCAGACUCGGCCAACUCUCGCCAAGAAGAUUUGGGCACGAGGUAGGGACGCCAAAGGAGUUUGCCCUACUCAAACAUCGUACAGGUACGCUAAAGAUGCCAUUGAUCACGACCAAUGCGUCAGGCGUAGCGCCGUUCACCGGCUCAGUAUACAGCGGGCGCCUGGAUGGAUUCUUCUUGCGGCGUUCGAACCUUGCAGGAGGUCGCAUGUCUUGGCAAGGUGGUCUGCCUAUAGAGUGCUUCUCCCCGCAAGCGCCACCAUGCGAGUGUACCGAAAUUGGUUCCUCUUCUCCGGCCUUUCGCUCCAUUUGCAGAUACGGUGCGAUGCGACUACGAGUGGACAGAGGCAGCCGACGACAGCCGCAACCGCCCGCUCUUCCGUGCCGCAGGUCCGAAACAUGAAAGACUCGCUUCUACAGCCUGGACGUGCAGAUCAAAGUGAUACCAGGAAAUCCAGACCUUGCUCGUGGACCUCUGCACGAGUGUACACGUUCGCAAAAUGAACGCCAUCGGGCAACUGAUCGAGCUCGGGCGGGGGCAGCUAUUGCGAGCGCCGAUACCGCAGCGCUCGCCCUAUCGCAGACGUGCAGAGUCAACGGCGCUUUCAGGCACACAUUUUCAAAGUGUGGCGACACAGGUGUGGCUGCUGUUGGUGUUGCAAAUUGGUAGAAUGGCAGUUCGGACGACACAGAGAUCAGUCAGUCAGCAUCUUCUUCAAUCGCGUGUAGCAAGCAUCUGUUGCCAUCUGAAAGCCUUAAGAAGAGGCAUCCUCGGUCCUUGGAUAAUGAUCCUCCCAGGUCGACAAGCCAAACUCAGCUUCCACUUCCCCUCCUGGCUCUCGCUCCCGACUACACCUCACCCCACCC